AUGAGCAGCGCACAAGUCAGCGGCAGCAUGCGCGUCGGGCCCGUCAGCAGCUUCACCAUCCAGUCCAUCCUGGGCACGCCCGCGGCGGCGGCGGCGACGACGACCACCGGUGCCCCGCCACGGAGGAGGACGCUGUCGGUGUCCUCGGAGGAAGACUGCAGCGGCGGGGAGGACUCGGCGGACUGCUUCUCCUGCUCGGAACCACCGGGUCACCGGGAACACAACUUCUCAUGUUUAGGUGCGGCCAAGGGGCUCCUGUCCGCCGCCGAGGGUCUGGCCAGGAGGCAGGACUACAAGGAGGCGCAUGAGGACCGAGGCUGCGCGUCCCCCGAGGAGCGGCGGGCGGACGACAAGCAUCUGCAGGGCGGCUCGGCCAAGAAGAAGACGCGCACCGUCUUCUCCCGCAGCCAGGUGUACCAGCUGGAGUCCACCUUCGACAUGAAGCGCUACCUGAGCAGCUCGGAGCGCGCCUGCCUGGCCUCCAGCCUGCAGCUGACCGAGACGCAGGUCAAGACCUGGUUUCAGAACCGCAGGAACAAGUGGAAGCGGCAGCUGUCCGCCGAGCUGGAGGCGGCCAACAUGGCGCACGCCUCGGCGCAGACACUCGUGGGCAUGCCGCUGGUUUUCAACAGCUCCUUGCUGCGCGUCCCGGUCCCUCGCUCCAUCGCCUUCCCGACGCCCCUCUACUACCCCGGGAGCAACCUGCCGGCCCUGCCUUUGUACAACCUGUACAACAAGGUGGAGUACUGACGUGACGGACUCUUCUUAAAUAUGACGCUUCCCGAUAUGUAUUAAAUACACCAUGUGUAUUAUCAAUAAUUUUAUACUUAUUUUUUGUUUUUUUUUUAGCCUUCACAUCACCUUUCAAUCCUCCUAUUUUUAACAAUUAAAAACCCCUCAUUCUUCCAUCGAAGGGAAACCAUUUCAUUGUUUGUUCUGUAAUCUGCAGGAAUAAUAAGAACCUCAUUCAAUACAUUUUCUAUUUCAGUCCGACACGCUUUGUGCAUUUUUAGUGACAAAAAAAGCUAAUUUGACACGUAAAAAGAUAUAGCUUUAAUAACAUUUACAUAGCGUUAUAUGUUGAACCAUGGGAUUUUAUUUUUCUUGUCAAUAUUUUAUCUGGGGACAUUUAUUAGUGUACUGUACCAGGUUUAUUAUUAAACAAAACAUGCAGCAAUAACGUUGUAAUGAGACACAAACAUUAUUGUCAUUGAUCAGCGUUGCUUCCCAUUUGUUUGAAUUAUUAUUUAACCCUUUCAGGGGUGUCAAAGUCAAGGCCCGCGGGCCAGAUUCGGCCCGCAAAUGAGUGAUCUAUGGCCCCCGGGAUGAUAUUUGAUUAGUAUUAGAACACAGCUGUUUUGCACGCACCAAUACUCCAUCCAUGUUGGCACUAGGAAUUUUCUAAAUGGGGUC